AUGUCCGCUAAACUGAACGACAAAUCGAAAUGGAGGAGGAGGAAGUUUUCGAAGUCUCCGGUCGAGGACAACGAUUGCGCGAGCCUCGCCUGGCUCCUCAACUUCAGGCUGGAUGAAAUCGUCAAUGUGAAAGUGCCAGACGACGACGUCGAAGUGCCGGAGGAGCCUAAGUACAUACUGCCCGAUAAGGCUCCGGUGACGAGAAAGCCCCCUUUCACCUACCCCGAGCUUAUAGAGAGGGCUUUACGAGACAAGGGGGAGUUGACUGUGUCCGCCAUCUACCAGUGGAUCUCUGAUCGCUUCCCCUUCUACAAAGCAAAUGACGAGCGCUGGAAGAACUCUGUACGGCACAACCUCUCCAUCAACCCCCACUUCCGGAAGGGCGCGAGGGCGCCCCAGGGCGCCGGCCAUCUGUGGUCUCUCGCGGCGAAUGCCAUAGACCUAUUGCCGUUGAGGAACAGCGAAUUGGAGAAGAGGACUGAAGUCGUGCACGACAUCCAAGUGAUCGAAUGCCCCAAGGUGAUUGUAUUGGACGAGGCUGCCAUUGCCGCAGCGAGUAUUCUCCCGGACCAUGACUUAUUCACAGGUAGUACAAUGUUCCUGAACCCAGUUUCAACGGAGCAAGUGGUGCGAGAGUGCGGACUCAUCACCGUAGAU